AUGAGUGCUUGGCUGCGAAAUCUUCAGGGGCAACUAAGUGAACUUGCCUCCGAAGUAUUAAGUGAAGCCACCGAGGAAGUUGAGGAUCCUGGAAGUGAACUGCAAGUUAGCAUUAAUUUCUUAGUUACAAAGAAAAAGCUCGAGGAGCUUGAACGACAACUUUUGACGGAAAGGUCGAAUAGUGAAUUGCUGCAGAACAAAAUAGUGGAACUUAAUGAGCAGUUGUAUUCCAAAAACAUAGAGAUGGACACGGUAAUUAAAAAAUAUGUUGGGAUGGUCGAAAGUCGAGAUCAGGAGAUUCGUUCCUUGCAGGUCCAACUGAAAGUCGAGUUAGAGCGAUCACAGCAUAAAGAAAAUAGUGAGCCAUUUGGACACAUGGAUGAUGACGAUUUUCUCUCAGAAACAUCUGUUUUAACAUCCCGGUUGCGGUUAAAAAAUGAGGAACUAGUUAAGGAGGUCCAGCACUGGAAACGUAUAGCUAAUGGUUCCGCAGACCAAAAUCAAGCACAGAAAGUUUGUCAUUUUCUGUCUGGAGAUGUCUACUUGUUUUUGUUUUUUAAGCUUUCCGAAUUAGAAUCAAAACUUGAAGAACAGAAGCAAAAGUCAGAAGCAGAGAUGGCCGCUUUAAUACAGACGCACAGAGAAAAUAUAGAGCAGCUAAGAAAUUUCUAUGAAGAAAAAAUAAUCUCUCCACAAUCUGUUGGAGAGUUUACUACGAGUGUUGAAAACGAUUUUGCGGAAACGGGAGUUCAGUUGGACGUGAAAAUUUCCCAGAAUGAAUUUAUUAAUUGUCAAGAAAGGAUUAAAGAUUUGAUGGUUGAGAAUGAAAAGAUUCGCGAUGUAUGUGACCGGCAAGCUGCUGAUUUGAAUGACAGGAACUCUGAAAUUAGUGGUUUGCAGUCUGAAUUACAGCAGGCCCACCAGUUAAUUGAUAUACAGAGAGGGAAGUUUGAAAUGGAGCUAUCAGAGGGAAAAGAAAAGAUCGGCCAACUGUUGGAGGAGGCGAAGAAUGCAGAGCAAGUUUCAAAGGCCACAGAAGAGAAAUAUAUGGCUAAAGAUCAUGAACUGGAGAAAUUGAAGAGAGAGAACAGGGAACUGACCGCAGCUUAUAAUGAUUUAAAUGAAGAGUUUGAAAAUCAUCGUGCUGAGCACGGUUCAGUUGUGACUUCUAAUAGAGAUUUGACGAUGCGAAUAGAUGCUCUGAAAGCUAACUUGAUUGAAUAUGAAGAAAAAUAUGAACUCUGUAAAGCAGAAAACGCUGAAACGGCAAAACAGUUGGAAAAGUUAACUAAUGAUUUUGAAAAUCUUCGGGUUUCUUUUGAAUCAACGAAAGACAGCUCAAGCUUUGACUCUGUUAGUGAACUUGAACGUUUAAAGAUUGAACUGGAAAACGUGAAACAUGAUAGAGAGCGUCUUCGUGCAGAUGUAGAUCGCUUUACACAGUCUGUAAAAUCGAUUGAUGUCGAGCUGAAUAAAUUACGAAUUUUUAUUCACUACGUCUCACAAUUUUCCUGCAAAGUUUUUUUUUGCAGAACGGCAAACAAAAAACUUCAGGAUGACAAUGCUGCUAUGGCUUCAAAUUUGGAUAUGUUUAUGGAUAUUAGAGACACUCUAGAGAAAAGGGAUCAGGAACUUAAGAAGUUGUAUGGAGAGAUCGUGCAACUGCAGGAAGAAAAUAGUCAGAAUGUAAAAAAUGAUCUUCCUUUAAAUGAUUUGACUCGGCAAGCUCUAGCCAGUAUGACUCAAGAGAAAGAACGGCUUGCAAAAGAAUUGGAAGAAUCACGUGCUUUAAUUUCUGAGCAGGAGAACUCUAUUCGACGAUAUCGCUCAAUUGUUGGUAAUCAGGCGGCAGAUAUAGUCGAGUUAAAGGACGUUGAUGGCAAGUCUAGUAGCGAAGGUACAACUGAUUCUAACAAUGAGUGGGUAAAGGUGUGUGAAAGUUUACUGCAUUUUACUGGCGACUGGGAUGUUUCCUCCAAUCAUUCAGCGCAUCACCUUAUGGAAGAACUAAAAGAAGCUCUCGCUAUGGUUACUGAGAAGACUGAUGAGUGUGACGAAUUAAGACGUCAGAAGGUGGAGCUUGAAAAAGAGGUUUGGUUUUUUUUACAGAAGUGUUGGUAUGAGCACAAGUUAUUGGACGUGAGGCAGAACUGUGUUGAUGAACUGAUGGCUCAAACAAAUUCUUUGCAAGAACAGCAACAGAUACAAGCUGAAUCAUUCAACGAAAUGCGAGAAUGGGUUUGCUUUCUUGAUGAUUUUACAUUUUUCCUGCUGUCACGCAGAAGGGGAUUUUCAAAUUCAGUAACUGAGACUUUUUCGAGUGAUCUUUGGUUUUCUGAUAUGGAAAACAUAUGCGAUGCUUUUAUAAGUGAGCAAAAAAAGCAACAAAAAUACCUUGACGAUGCUACAUUAGUUCUAACAGCACAGGAAACCAUCGAUUUGAACUCCGAAAUUCAGAGGAUGAACAGUGAUUAUGAGACAAGGUUAAAUGAGUUGAAAGACAUGCAUAAAGAAAGCAUUGAUCGUUGUAACGAGAGAAUUUUGGAUUAUGAACGACGUAUUUCUGGUAUUGAGGAAGAGAAACUUAAUGUAGAUUCUCAACUGGAUGAAUUGAGACAUAAGUAUGAGGAAUUAGAAGAAGCCAAACAGAGUUUGGAGUCUCGUUUUGCUGAACUGGCUACUGAAAGAGAAAAAAAAAGAACAGAGGUGAGCGAUGAUAGGAAAAACUUAGAAGACGCCGUUUUAAAAGCUAAGGCAGAGUGCACUGCCCAAGCAGAAUUAAAUGCCCAGUUAGUUAUUCAGCUAAAACAGAAAGAGUCGGAUCUCUUAGAGUCUGAACGCAUACGCAGUGAACUGGUUACCUUAGUUGAACAGAAACACGCUGAAAGCACAAAUUACCAUGCGCAGCUGCAGAGUGUUUUGGCUGAAAAGGAUCAUAUUCAAUGUGAAAUCAGUGCUAUCGGACAAAAAAUGUCACUCCUUGAUGAACAACUUUCAAGAAGGCUUGCUUCAGUCAGUCAUAAAACCGAAAUCUCAUUUAGCGCAGUAGAAAGCAAAGACAAAGCAGAAAAAGAGAACGAGAGGCUGCGGCAACAUCUAUUAGGGAUGGAAGAAACAUUUACUCGUGAUGCUGUUGCUGCUGAGGAAAGAGAAAUUGCUCUUAGAGAUAAAAUUCGGCGGUUGGAGUUAAAGACUGAAGAGACUGCAGAUACUGUUAUUUCUUCUUCCAAUGCAUAUGAAAAAAGGCUAGAAGAACUUUCAAACGAAUUGAGUGUUGUGAGAUCCGAAAAGGAUCAAAUAAAAGAAGAACUAGCCGAGAAGAGCCUAAGUUUUGAAAAAACUGAGAAAGCGUUAUCAGAUUUGCGAAAGAUUCUUCGAGAUAUUGAUGCAGAUCAUGCGUCACAGUUAGCUUCUUAUGAGUCACAGAUUUCGAAGCUAGAAGCAGAUAUACAGGUAAGUCUUAUAGAAUUUAUUACAGGUUCUAAACUCGAAAAAGAAAUGGGAAAUCUUUAUGCAUCUGAAGAGGCACUUUUGGCAGAGAAAGAUACUUUAAAGGCAUCUGAUAAACAGUUGAGAGAGGAAAUAACUAAGAAGGACGCGGUAAUCGAUGAGCUAGAGACCCAGUUGGAUGAGAAGGUUCAGAUGGCUUCUGGGUCUCCUGGAUCCACAUAUCGUAUAGAUGACGAAACACUGCGGCAGUUGUUUCUUUCGUAUUUCACCGCUGAACCGAAUAAAAAGCCGGAAAUUGCUGUUUUAUUGGCUUCCAUUCUUAAUUAUUCUCCUGAAGAUGCGGCCAAAAUUCAUGCAGCCAACGCAUCUGCAAAUCGCACCUGGUUUGGUUUUGGCGGUGUGAAUCGGUCUUCAAACACUGGACCUUCAAUAAGUGAAUUGUUCAUUCGUUUUCUAGAAAGAGAAUCUCUGGGCCCACCGUCUCAUCCUCUACCAUUACAUGUAUGUUGA